GAUUUUUUUUUACGUAAAACAUUUCUGCCACCAGGGGGUUUUUAGUUUAGAAAUAUGGCGCUCAUUUUAAAAAAGUGUUAUUUUAAAGAUUUAUUGAAUAAGGAUAAAAGAGAAUGGAAACCAAAUUUCACGAAAUUCGAUUGUAUUUUAUUGUUGUUUUCUAUAGGGACGUAUUUAGCCGACAUCAGUACAGAUAUCAUUCUUAUUAUUCAGUAUUUCAAAAAUCAUUACACGAUUUGGGGGAUUUGUACCUUGAUGUUGGUGAUUGUGCCGUCGAUAAUUGUACAGAUAUUUAGUUUACGAUGGUAUAUACUGGAUGGCAUAAGGAGCAAAUUUUGUUGGAUGGUUCAUAUUUUUAACUUAGGAAUAUUUGAAAGGUAUGUGAAGUUACUAAGAUGUGGAUUAAAAGCUCAAAAAACUCAAAAUCUAGGAGAUUUUCAACAUUUUUAUGAAGCUCAGAGUGACGUUUGUAUGCUACGAUUAUUCGAGUCAUUCAUGGAAUCAGCUCCUCAGUUAGUUUUACAAUUGUAUAUAAUGUUCAGUACAGAAAAAUGGAAUAUGUGGACAGUUAUUUCAGCUGGAAUAUCAUUGAUUUCAUUAAGUUGGGGUAUAUCUGCAUACAGCAAAUCUAUGCGAAUUGUUCGUUUAGAUAAACAGAAAUUAUCAUUAUGUGGAAUGUUCUUGCAGAUUAUCUGGAGAAGUGGUACUGUAUCUUGCAGAAUUAUAUCAAUGGUUCUUUUUGCUUCUGUAUUUGGAUCAUGGCUACUCUUAAUUAUGAGUUUACAUUGGCUCAUAAUGACAGUUUGGGUUAUAUACCAAAACACAGAUUUUUGUACAACCUGGUGGGAAGAAAGACUUUAUAAUUGUAUUGUAGGAGAAAUAUAUUGUUUCUGCUUUUUCAAUCUUAAAGAAGGUCAUUCGCGUUAUAGAUCAACAAUAUUUUACAGCAUUACUUUUAUAGAAAAUGUUGCAUUUUUAUUAAGUUAUUAUUUGAUAAAGAAUAAUGGAUUUCAAGAUGAUUUAAUUGUUGGAUUUGUGAUUUUUGCAUUUAUAAUAGGUGUUCUUAGUAUGCUGUUAUAUUAUCGUUUCUUUCAUCCUUCCGGUCCAAUUACUUUCAACAGUACAGAGUCUGAAAAUGGUGAAAUUAUUUCAGCAAAAGAAAUAUCAAUAGGAAUGGCGAAUUCUCUAGAAAAUGUCGAUGAUUGCUUUUCUGAGAAAAGUAUAUCAGAAACAAAGAAUCGCUUGUCAUCUCCGAUCCUAUGUAAAAAUGUAACUCUCAGAGAAGACAAAAUUUUAUCUUAUUCUCAUAAAUUUCAAAAAGAUAUAAGUUCCAUUUCAAAUAUAUACAACUGUUAUCAAGAAAAUCAUCAGUCUCACUCACAGAACUGUAGUGUAUUAACAAUACAGCAAGAUCCUUCCCUAGAAGAUUCAUUAGUUAUGAAUAUGCACCUGAAAAAGCAAUUAGCCAGUCAUCAUAAGUUGGUCAAUUAUAAUUUUCGAACACAAGCAUCUUUCAGAAAUCUGUACGAUUCUCAAAUUCACUGUUCCUGUCUAGUGUUGAUGGAUAAUGAUCCUUCAUCCAACGAAUUAAAGGCGAGACCAUUUCAUGCAGGGAGGGAUUUCUGUUAUUCUCUACCCAAUUUAAAUUUAAGUUUGGAUUAUUCAAAUGAGGAAUCCUACUUUGUUUCUCCGUCCGAUGCUUAUUCGAAUCGCACUUGGUCUCUCUGCAAUCUUUACCAAAGCGAGUUGGCAAAUUGUUCCAUUGAUGAAUUAAAUGAUUCUGUAUUAAUAAAGAACGAGACAAGUAACAAGAAUUCAACUAAUAAAGAAAAAUGUAAAUGUAAUUUUCUCCUUCCCACCAGUGUCAGCUGUAGGUGUGCUCGAAAGUUUAAAAAAUGUAUUGAAGAUGAGAUUUUGAAAUCGGAAUACAAAAGUUACAAAGAUAUAAAUAAUACAUUAAAUAACAUUAAUGAAUCAACGCCAUUAAAAGGUAACAAUUGUAAUAUUUUUAAUUCUGAACAAAAUAAUAAUAAUAAUAAUAAUAGAAAAUCAAAGAUUACUGUGGAGCAAGAAGCCGAAAAUAAAUUUAAUUUAAAAAUAACAGAUAAUCCUGUUCAGAACUUUCAUUCCUCAGAGAUAUUUCAAAAAGCCGAAUCUAAUUCUUCAAUUCCCACGUUGUCAAAAGUGUGCAUUGUUUGGAACAAUGCUAAUUUACAAUAAAAACACCACAAAUUCCCUAAGAGUAGCUUUAAGUCUUCCAAAUCACAAAUCAUUUAACUGAAUGGCUGUAAUUAUGUGAAAAAUAUAUGUUAAUUACAUAUAAAAGAGAAAAAGAAUUAAGAUUGUGAUAAAUUUUGAGAUAUUUGAAGUUUGGUCAGUUACAAAUUAAUAAUGUUCCAACACACAAAAGUUGGCAAGAGAUUGUCCGAGUAAGUUUUGGAAAAAUUGAAUUUUAAGUAAAAUGAAUUGGUAUAAAUCAAUGUAGUAAAUUUGAUUGGUUAGAUGGCUGUGUGUCGAUAGGUUUUCUACUGAAUUUAAAUCCGGUCUGAGUUAUUUGGUUUUUGUGGGUAGUUUGAAUCGGAUUUUGCCUUCUGUUCCUCCGAUUAACUCGCAAAGCCAAAUCUGUCCACAUUAAGAAAAAUUAUAGUCUGUACACUAUUUAGUUGGAUUCAAUUUUUGUGAUACGUCAAGAUUAUUUUGGAUGAUUCUAUAACUUUACUAGGGUUUUAUUUAUCUGUAUUUGUGUAAAUAAUUUUUAUAUAUUGUACUUUUUAAAUUAAAGUUAUUGAUGUUAUAAUGUUUUUAUAAUUGUAGAUUUUUAUAUUGGUGUAAUUUUUGAAGGACAGAAUUCUUCAUAUACAGUAGAACCCCUCUAAUCCGUCACCUUUGGGGCUGGGGUAUGGUCGGAACGCAAAAAAGGUCGGAUUAUCAGAAAAAGUAAAAUAAACAAUCUUCCCCUUUGUCCAGUCUUUGUAGC